AUGGCAUCUUUAGUUCAUAAGAAAUUGAACCUGAAUUGCAGAGUCACAAUCUUGAAAGAGAGAGGCGAGGUUAACGAGUCCCUGGGUUUUGGUAUAUCCUUUGAUUUCUUGAUUGUGCUUCCCUCUUUCAUCUUCCACACUCCGCCACCAUAAUACUACACAGAUUCAUUCCUCUUCCUUCACCAUCACCGACCAUUUUCCCAUCAUCAUUACAUACACACUUACGCUUUUUCAACUUUCAAAACCACCAACCAUAUGAUUCACAUGCUUAUUAUUUUUUAUUUUUAGUUUAAUUCUAUUAUUAUGGUUUCCACCUCAUAAUUCCAACUCUUCCUCUUCUCUUUCUUCUUCUAUUGUUACAAAAUCGAUCAAAGUCUCUUUCUUUGACUCAUUCAUUUGGUUCUCGUUAAGCAAUGGUUUCUUUGUCAACAAACCCCUUCUUUUCUCUAACCACCCAAAACGCUGCGUCUCGUUCUUCUUCUUCUUCUUCUUCUUCGUUGUAUUCGAGAUUCGCGGCUUCAACCAAGUUCAAUUCUUUCCACGCAAAUAAUAAAGAUCAUAGAAAGGUUGUUUGUGCUUGCGUCGCUCCUCCAACGAACUUCAAGAGCGAAGACUCUUCCGCCCUCAGAUUCAAUGGUUCAUCGAAAUCGGAGCAAUUGAGCACACUUCGGGAACAAGAUGGUGACUCUGAUGUUCUUAUUGAGUGUAGAGACGUCUACAAGUCAUUUGGGGAAAAGAAAAUCCUCAAUGGUGUUAGCUUCAAGAUUAGACAUGGGGAAGCAGUUGGAAUAAUCGGUCCUUCUGGGACUGGAAAAUCCACAGUUUUAAAGAUUAUUGCAGGAUUACUUAUUCCAGAUAAGGGUGAGGUUUAUAUUCGAGGUAGAAAGAGAGUUGGUCUGGUAAGCGAUGAUGAGCUACAUGGUCUUCGCAUUGGAUUAGUGUUCCAAAGUGCAGCACUUUUUGAUUCUUUGACUGUCCGUGAAAAUGUUGGUUUUCUCUUGUAUGAACACUCAAGCAUGCCUGAAGACCAGAUAUCAGAGGUUGUCAAGGAAACCUUGGCUGCUGUUGGAUUGAAGGGAGUUGAGAAUCGGUUGCCUUCUGAGUUAUCAGGUGGAAUGAAAAAACGAGUUGCUUUAGCUCGAUCUAUUAUUUAUGACAAUUCAAAGGAUUCAAUUGAGCCUGAGGUUCUCUUAUAUGAUGAACCAACUGCUGGACUAGAUCCCAUUGCAUCAACUGUUGUUGAGGAUCUAAUUCGUUCAGUGCACAUAAAAGGACAAGAUGCACGUGGGAAACCCGGGAACAUUGCAUCAUAUGUGGUCGUCACUCACCAACAUAGUACCAUUAAAAGAGCCAUUGACAGGUUGGUGUUUCUACACAAGGGAAAGAUUGUUUGGGAAGGAAUGACUCAUGAAUUUACAACAUCAACAAAUCCAAUUGUUCAACAGUUUGCAUCUGGGAGCCUGGAGGGUCCUAUCAAAUACUAGAACAUUAAUGAUGGUAGAGUAGCUGAAAUGGGUUUAUGGCUGAUCUUGGCUACCCCUGAUUGUGCAGAUAAGAAUGGAAAAUGGAUAUAGCUUUCAACUGACAACUUAUGUGAGAGCAGUAAAAGAAUUGUGCGGGGUUUGUCAGGGUUUUGGUAGUAAUUUCCAAUCUAACCUCAAUUUUAAAACUUGGAUUGGAAGCUAGGAAGAACAGCAUAAAUUGUUGCUGGCUAUUGAAAUCAUAUUAAAC